AUGGAGGGACUGAGCAGGCGGAAGCGCCGUGGUGGCAGCGGGAUGGCCCGCAGCCUGCCAGUUUUCUCCAUUCAAGACAACCCCUUUGGGGAUGGUCUCCUGGGUCAGAGCCACUACUGGCCAUCCCAAAGCCAAACCUGGUGCCCCAAGGCCUUGAGUCCAUCCUGGACCUAGAGAUCCAGGCUCCCAGCAGUUCCCAAGGCUGUAGCCACAGCUCCCAACUCCCCUGAGCUGUUUGAAGAGUCCUGGCCCUCUGGCUCAGGGACUCCUUCCCCACCCAGCACCUCUAAGGGACAGAUGGGGGUUUCCCCACUGCCUACCCCCGUUGACAGCGGAGACUCUGUGGUGGCAAAGUGCAUAAACCGGUUCCGCCAGGCUCAGCCCACAAGCCGGGAGGAACGCCAGCCUGCAGGCCUAACCCCAGGUGACUUUUGGUGGCUGAGGCCCGAGUCUCCAGAUCCCAGCAGUCAGCUCGCGGCAGCAGGGGCCAGUAAACACGAAAGAAGACCCAGCACAACCGUCCCGACUCCAGCCCAAGUGACCAGCACAUCCCAGGCUAUGGACCUCCUUCAGGAAAGAAAGCAGAGCCUCAGCACAUGGGACUCACCCCUGCUGGACCUGGAGACGCUGAGCCUGCAGAGCAGAGCUGCCAGGCUACUCCAGCGCAGCCAGGCCUCCACCUCCUCCUCCCUCAGCCCCAGCGACGCCAGCAGCUCCUCAUUCCCUGCCAGCUCGGAUGGCCUCUCCCCCUGUUCUGUGACCUUCACCGCUAACGCCAGCAAGGACUUUGGCCCCGGGAUACCCGCAACCCCGGUACCGGCUCCCACCCCAGCUCCCGCGUCAGUUUCCUCGAGGGCACCCCUGCGGCCAGAGGAUGAUAUUCUGUACCAGUGGCGGCAGCGGAGGAAACUUGAACAGGCACAGGCUCGAGGGGGCCAGGGUGAUGGACCCUGGGUGCCUUCCAGGACCCCUGCCUUCACUGGGAUCAGUCCUGCCCCUGCGGAAACCCUUGGUCCGCUGGGGACCCAACCUAAUUGUGUCCCCCUGUGGGGCAGUGUGGCCCAGCCUGGUCCCCCGGAGGCCUUCUGUAUGGCGAGGCCUCUUAUUCCCCCGGGGUCCUCGCCACACAUGCUCUGGGGCCCCAGCCCCCACGGGUUCUUCUGGGUCCCGCAGCCUGGCCCCUGGGUAUCUCUCGCGGCGGUUCCUCCUGCACCGCCGUCCUCCACCGCCGCACCCCCUGUAGCCCCCCAAAAGCAGCCCAGCCCAGCGUCUGGCAGCCUCGCCCAGCCCGAGAGGCAGGACCCCAGGCCUCGGAGGAGCAGAGCCCGACGCCAGGAGCCUACCGGGCGAGUCGCGACAGCUAGCCCAGGACCUGGCCCGCAGCUCAGGGGCGCUCUGGGCCAGGUAGUGGCGGCUCGGCUGUUCCCAGACGGCCCAGAGGAGACGCCCCUUCGCCUGCAGGGCCCGUCUGCACCUGAGGCUGAAUUUCCGAAGGUCAAAGCAACACCCCCUCAAGCCAAGGUCCGGUCCCCUCACUCAGAGGCCACGGUCCCUCUGCCUGAAACACGGUUUCCGCAGACUGAGACCCCGCCCCGCCGGUCUAAGGCCGGGCCAGAGAAAACCCGCGCCCCGCCCCGCCCCAGGGAGUCGGCUGCAGCCGGGUGUCCGCCCCCCAAGGCCCAGCCCCUCGCGCUCCAGGUGGAGUCUCCCGGGGCUGCGCCCGCCGCUGACCCCACCCCCUCGGAGGACCUGCUGUCCCAGGCCGCGCGGCUCCUGGAGGCCGCUGAAGAUUCCGACGGCAGUGAGUUCCAGGACGACCCCGUGCUGCAGGUGCUAAGGGCUCAGAGGGUGGAGCUGCGGCGGCAGAAAAGGAAAGUGGACGCCAGAUUAUCCUGCUUGCUAGGCCACGUCGAGGACCCGGGAUCUCGGUCCCCUUCAGCCAGUUAACCUCCCAGGUCCCCAAGGAGGCAGCAGCGAAGGGAAGGAGUCUCCCUCGAGGCUAGACGACUUUGA